ACCCCACGCCUUUUAGAACUAGACCACCACUAUGCAAAUAGUACUUGAACAAACCAUCCAGUAGGCACUUGAUCAUAGGAUGUAGGAUGCUGCAGAAUAUCAUGCGACCUCUCGCUCCAUGCUUAGCUACAAGACGAGGCAAUUCGCACCGGAAAUUCCUGCCAUCUUGCGCUCCUCUUCCAGAUCCAAAGUUUAAGAGACACAUGCAUAUGGGGCAUAUAUGACACACCAUCAAGCUGCGUUUUUCAAUUACGACCAGAUGACCGCUCCCCACAGUUAUAAAAGGGAUAUCAUAGUGAACUGGGCGAACACUCCACAUUUUUGGGUACGAACAUGUUGGCCGUUGCUUUUUUCCUCUUUUCCGCCUGUGUGCAAGCUAAUAGCACAUUUGAUUUUAGAGGUCUUGAUUCCCUAGUUCAGCGCAGACUGCCUCAGCAUGCCGAGGAUUUCACAUUCACAGCGUUGCCUGGGACAGGGGACAGGUAUAUUAUAAAUGACACUGGCGAUAGAAAGGGUGCUGUUACCGUUUCUUGCACGUCCAUCAGUGCGUGCGCUCGUGGUUUAUACACUUACCUGACCAAGUUUGGCGGCGUUGAUAUCUGGUGGACUGGUUCUCGAUUGCACGAGUUACCUUCUCACCUGCCACAUGUAGGAGAACCCAUCACUGGUGAGGCCGUGGUGCCAUUUAGGUACCACUUCAACACUGUUACAUUCGGCUACACUACAGCCUUCUGGGCGUUGGACAAGUGGUCGCUACUCUUAGACUGGCUUGCGUUAAGAGGCGUGAAUCUGCCUCUAGCAUGGGUUGGCUACGAACACAUUCUAUCUGAAGUAUUCCGUGACGCAGGACUAUCCGAUUCAGAAAUUGCUGCCUUCCUCUCAGGACCAGCUUUCUUGCCAUGGAACAGAUUUGGUAAUAUCCAGGGAAGUUGGGGCGGAAAUCUACCAACGCAAUGGGUAAAUGAUCAAUUUGCCCUUGGAAAACAAAUCAUACAACGCAUGGUCGAACUGGGUAUGAUCCCGAUUCUCCCUUCGUUCACUGGCUUCGUACCUCGCGCCUUGGCUACUCACUAUCCUAACGCAUCGAUAGUCACCGGCGGACAAUGGUCGGGUUUCGAGCCUAGCUUAACGAAUGUUUCCUUCCUGGAACCGUUCGAUCCCCUGUUUGCCCAACUGCAGAAGUCCUUUAUCCUCAAACAAAAGGCUGCAUACGGCAACCUUUCACAUAUUUACACUCUUGAUCAAUACAACGAAAACGAUCCGUUCAGUGGCGAUAUUUCCUACUUGCGAAACGUCUCAUCCAAUACCUUUUCGAGCCUUCGAGAGGCGGAUCCGGACGCUGUUUGGCUGAUGCAGGGAUGGCUAUUCUUCGUCAGCUCCGCUUUCUGGACAAAUGACCGUAUCGAUGCAUACCUCGGAGGAGUUGAGGGAAAUGACACGAUGAUCAUCCUUGACCUGUAUUCAGAAGCAGCGCCCCAGUGGAAUCGCACGAAUAAUUAUUCUGGAAAACAAUGGAUAUGGUGCGAGCUUCACGAUUUUGGUGGGACUAUGGGAAUGGAGGGCAAUCUUGAGGGACUUACAAAAGACCCAAUUGCUGCACUUCAAUCUCCGGGAAGUUCUAUGAAAGGUAUUGGACUGACGAUGGAGGGUCAAGAGGGCAAUGAGAUUGUCUACGAUAUUGUCUUAGACCAGGCGUGGUCCCCCAAGCCCCUCGUGAUCAAUGACUAUGUCACUAGAUGGGUCACUCGGCGAUACACAGUCCAUCCACUUCCUUCAGCAGCUCAGAAGGCGUGGUACAUUCUGAGCACGACAGUCUACAACAACACAGACCCUACAUCACAACUAACAACUAAGAGUAUCUUGGAGCUCACUCCAGCCCUCACAGGGCUGAUCAACCGGACAGUACUACUUCCAACUGUGGUCCGAUAUUCUACAAAUAUCACCAUCCUGCCAGCGUUAAAGCUACUCCUCCAGGCGUCCGAUGCUGCACCUUCUCUCCGAAAUAUACCCGAAUUCAGAUAUGAUGUAGUGGGCCUCUGUCGCCAGUUUCUUGCAAAUCGAUUCAACGAUCUCUACCAGGACCUCAUUACUGUCUACAAUUCGUCGGCAACUUCUCGUGAAGCCGUCACAUCCGCUGGCGAACAACUUCUACAUCUCCUGGGCGAUCUGGACAGGCUGUUGUACACAAACGAGAACUUCCUGCUGAGCACUUGGAUCGCUGAUGCUCGUCAAUGGGCAGGGGCCGGUCCUGAGACGAAUGCUUCUUAUGCUGCCUAUCUUGAAUACAACGCGCGGAACCAGAUCACGCUUUGGGGACCGAAUGGGGAGAUUGACGACUAUGCGUCGAAGCAGUGGGCAGGUCUCGUCGGAGAAUACUAUUCCCAGCGCUGGACACUGUUUGUGGAUUAUCUGACCAGUCUCAAGCAGAACGGUCAGGAAUACAACGCCACAGAUAUCUCGUCGAGGCUGCUUUCGAUUGGUCGAACCUGGCAGACGCAGAGAUGGGGUAAUAUUACCGGAGAGACCUUGGGUACGAAAGGCGGCACUUUUGAAGUUGUAGACGAAGUGCUUCAAAAUUGGGCACAGCAACCACGAACGUGAUGUUCACAUUGUAUUUGACAGUGCAGGCGCCAUCAUAGUACCGACCGAGUACGUAGAUCAAGUGGCGCUGGACUCUGCUUUCCGACCACGAUGAUAUUCUCAUGCACUUACGUACCACCGACUGCACUUCAAAUGUCAACUUGAAGCUUAAGGGUUGAAUAGCUAAAUGUGCAGUAUACGAGAGGCUGACUUGAUCACGGGCUGCAGGUAUUACAUACACCCUGCCACUUGACAAGGCAUUGACG